GGAGGGGGGAUUGUGGGAGAUUAACUGAGCUCUAUGCUGUUUGUUAUACACUGCAAAGCACCGCAGGAUGUUUGUCGAGCGGCACUCUCAUUUGGGAAGAGGAGAAAAAGCCUGCUAGGGGGACCUUAAAGUUAGCUGAGGAGAACGGCGAGAGCCGUGAAUUAUUCCUCGAGCGCCUCGGGAGGAGGAUCCAAAAGGAGAUAAGGAUUAGACAGCUAUGUUGUGGGUAUUCAUUGAUGGGGAUACAACUCUGAAAGCGGGAAAACGAAAGAAAGUUGGAGUCUCGUAUUGUCGCUAAGCAGUUUAUUUUGGAUUUGUGGUUUGGCCGUGUGUUCCUUUCUUCAUUUUAUUUUUUUGGAAGGGAGAAUGCGAUUAACUAAGUGAACAAAAUUGCUCACUUUUCUGGGAGUAGUGUGAACUUUUCUCCUUUUGAGCUUUUAAUUUCAUAAAGACUUAAAAACAUUUUUGAAGGGAGAACCAGAGGGAUUAGAAACCUUGAAGGAUUCAAAAACCAUGACCUGCAGACUAAAUCCAAGCCUUUUCUUGGCGCUGCUCUGUUUUCUCCACAGCACUGAGGAGACCUGCCCCUCCAUGUGCCUCUGUAUAUCCGAUGCAGUAAGCUGUAGCUCCAGCGGACUUACCAAGCUACCUCACUCCCUGCCCUCUUUCUCUGCAAGUCUCGACCUCAGCCACAACCAUGUCUCCUGGCUGAGUCCAGGCUGCUUCAACGGGAUGUCCAGGCUGGAAAACCUGCUGAUGGCACACAAUCAGCUCAAAGCCCUGAAUCCUGGAACUUUUCAAAACGUCUCUGGUCUCAGGCACCUUGACCUGUCCUCCAAUAAGUUGCGUGUGGUAGAGCAGCACUACUUUCAGGGGCUUUGGAGGCUGGAGGAGCUCCUUCUUUUCAAUAAUAAGAUUGCACGGGUGGAGGCCGGCACACUGAGUGGCCUGAGCAGCUUAAAAAAGGUCUAUUUCAGCCUCAACCAAAUCACAGACUUCCCUUUCUUCUCAAUCCAAGAUCACACUCAUCCAUUCCUGAGCAUGUUAGAUCUCUCAUCCAACCGACUGACCCAUCUGCAAUGGGAGGAUGUGAAAGCUUUACCCAGGUUGGUGCAGCGGGGCCUGUAUCUCUACAACAACUCUCUGAUCUGUGACUGCUCCAUGUACAGCGUGUUUUGGCACUGGGACCUGAGGGGCUAUGACUCAGUGAGGGACUUUAAGGAGGAGCAUAUCUGCUUCAUUAACGGAGACCUACGAUCGUCCAUCCAAUUUCUACAACAGAACCGAUUCUUCCUCAACUGCACUGUGGAAAAACCUGUUUUGCAGCCCGUAACAGUUCUCCUUUCCAACGUGUUGGUUUCAGAGGGAGAAAGGGUGCGUCUAGACUGCCAAACAUCCCUGACGAGCACAGAUCUCUCAUUUAUGUGGCUCUCCCCAAGCAAGGGGCACAUCACCAAGGCCAGCAUAGAUGACAAUCUAAUUAACCUGCUUCCUAAUGGUACUUUGGAGAUCCGAGCAACCAAGGUCAAUGACUCAGGACUGUAUGUGUGCACAGCUGUGGAUAAUAAACAGGCACUGAAUGCAACUCGGGAGGUGAACGUGACGGUGCUGCUGCCCACGGCAGAGUUAUUCAACACUGGCUACACAACGCUGCUCGGCUGUAUGGUGACUACAACGAUUAUCCUCAUCUACCUUUAUCUGACUCCAUGUCGCUGCAUCUACUGCAAACGGUCAAAGCAGUAUGAGUCAAGCAGUCGAUCUUCUACCCUCUUCCACUCUACAAGAGACCAGACCAAAAACCAAACUAAUAAACACGUAGCGUUCAUUGACCCGGUGAUGAAUGAAGAAGGAACAGAUUGGUCUCUGGAAAGCUGAAGUUUUUUUUUCCAACCCCCCAGGCGGAAACUGAAUUCUUAACUGAAAACUCCUCUGUAUCUAGCUAGGACAUGCUAUUUGAGUAAUAAUACUAUAAAGGGAAAAAAGAACUUCACGUCUCCUUUCCAACUGUCAGAUGCAGUUAAGAGGCAUCCAUGAACAAAAAAAAGAAAGAGAAAAAAAGCAAUAUCUCCUGUUUCAAUUCUCCCCUUUCUGCCAUGUGGCCAGGUAGUCGGAAUGAAAGUUUCAACUUUGCUUUAUACCCACAAUGUACUGACUCCACCAAAUCACAGCGGAGCCAUUAUCAGUCCUUAAAAUCAGCUAAUAAUUUCUCCGUGCUCAGGUACAGCACUAGGGGGAAUAUUUCUCAUGGGAUCUGAGAACGAAUCUGGCUUCCCUUUCAAAGUUUUGAAGAUGGAUUAGUCCCCCCCCCCCCAAAAAAAAAAAAAAAAAACUGCAAGUGAAUGACUGUACUGACUGCUGGAACUAAGUUCAGUUUGCACACCUUACCUGGAUUGAGGUUUUAUAGAUAGUGUAGAGUAGAUACUGCAUAAACUAAAGAUAACUUUAGUUUACCCUAUAUCCCCUAAUGUGUAGCUUGAACAUGUAGCACCAGCUCCUGAAAAUUUCAUAUCCUCAUUUUCCUAAACUGCUUAUGUCUGAUUUUGUAUUAUUUUAGUAAUCUUUUUUUUUUCAGAAGCCAUAGCUUACAGCAAACAUUUAAAAAUCUUAUCUAGCUCAAAACAGAGGUGCAUCCUGCAGUGAGCCAUCAUAAAUAUACAUGUUUCAUAUAAACCUGUUGCAUUAAUCUGGCAGGAAAAAAAAAAGAUCUGCAUGCUGCUUAUCUGGCAAAGAGCAAAGUGUAGAAAUCAGGAGUGUCAAGAACCCAGACAAAAAGCAGCAACUGGCCUGCUCUUCAAAGACAGCAUCUUUUUUUGAUCAAACACAGCAGAGCACUUUGAACACUGCAGAAUAAACACAACCACUAAAUUUUGACUGAAGUGACAAAUUCUUCAAGCAGCUGUGACUCAAACCCUGAAGGUGGCAUUACUUUGUAUAGCUUUGUUCUUACUGUUUGGUGUUUUGUUUUUUUGUGCGUGCUUUUUUUUUUUGACUGAAGUGACUGAAAUAGUGUUUGUUUGUUCUUUUUUUUAAUUCAGCAAAACAUGCUUCAAAUGACAGAAUUACACACUCCAACAACAGAGAUGAAAGAUGCUAAAGAAAAGACUCCCAUGCGCCGCACUGAAGGAACAUAAAGUACGUGGGUGAGAGGGUUUUUCCUGCAUAAAGACAUUUUUGGCACACCCCCCGCAGAGGUUUUUAGCCAGCCCCCAAAGGAAAAUCAACCAGCACCAAAUGAUUAAGGGACUGAGAAUAAAAGUAGCAAUUUAAAUCCUCUCUAAAAGAGCUUAAUAACACUUUAUCAAACAACUACUCAACAAGCAGACGUGUCUUUUGAAUUCCAGGGGUCAGGUCCCCUCUAGUCCACAGUUUUACAAUCUUCUAGAACUCAUUCAAACCAAUUUUGUUCAUUUGGAUUUCAUUUACUCAACCCUGCAUCAGCAUAUUGGCUGCAUUUUAUCAAAUGGUCUGAAAAAAGCCUGAAAAUGCACAUUUUUCUUAUGACUUAUGGCCUCUACUGUAUGUAGAUCAAUCAGGCUUUAUUGCUGCAUAUAGUCACCCCACAAAGGCCGUUUCGGAGCCUAGAAAAAACCCUGAGGUUGAUUGCAUAAAAGAGCUAAGACAGCAUAUAGCCGGUCGAUGAUGAAGGGAACCCUGCCGAGACAAACAGCAGCCUCAAAAGAAACAAAUCAAUUUUCUUCAAGUCUAAGCAUCCAUAAUGUUUUGAGAUUGUAGCUUAAUCUUAAUAAAAACACUGGGUGGGACUAGGGAUUGCAUCAAGAUUGAAAAGGAUCAGAUGUAAUCCUUCAUAUAAUGUCAGGGACAAGUCAUCAGUAACUGCGUGUUUUACAAAGCAGAGCUUGUCAUUGGAGUUAGGGCCUUUGAUUAUUUCUAAAUCCUUAAUUAAAACAUGGCUCCUUUUAAGCUAGAGGCGACUAAUAUUGUUGUGCAGCUUAUAUGUAAAUUCAAGUUCAAAAGGAGGUGGGAAAUCUGAUAUCAAAUGGCCAACGGUGCAUGAAAGUGGAACAGACUGGCUCUUUGACAGCGAUGAGUUUCAUCAGUAUUAAACUCACAGGGAUUAACCCAAAAAAAAAUUGUGAGACUAAGGCUGCAUCCAUAAUAACACUUUUUUUGGUUUUGUUUUAGAACAAUGAAAACAACUUUGGUUUUAGAACAGCUUACAAAAUAAUCUCUGAAUAUACUAACACAGCUGUAAAUGGACAUAAUAUUGUGCAUUCACAACAUGGGCGUGUGUGUAUCAGCGUAAACAGGAAGGAGAGGACUGGGUGUUGGGAGAAGAAAAUACUGAACAGAAUGCACAGCAGCGGGGAAAAGUUAGGGAAAGUUUUUUUAACUGACAGAUGAUGAGGUAGAAAGUAAUACACGAGCAUAAGGUGUUCAUGGACAACGCAGUAAAAGGUUACAAUAAGAGUAAUCUUAAAGUUUCUGCCUGCCCAGAUACCUACGAAGGAUUAGGAGGGAUUAGGAGAAUUAGGGCCAAAAUAAUACAAGUAUUAAAUUUAAAGGACUUUUUUAUCUUGUGGUUUUUUAUUAUAAGGAUGAAGUCAAAAUUUUGUAACAUUUCAAGAAUAAAGUAUAACAAGUUAGAAAAAAGUUGUUUUUCGAUUCAAACUAUACCUGCUAGUACUUGGCAACAUCUACAAAAUAGUCUGCUUCUUUCAGCUGCUCCUCUUAGGGGUCACAAUGGUGGAUCAUCUGCCCCCAAUUCACCUUAUCCUUAGCAACCAACCCUCUGCAUGCCCUUCUUCACUGCAUCCAUGGACCUCAUCUGUGGUCUUUCACUUUUCAUCCUGCCUGGCAGCUCCAUAAUAACCAUCCUUUACCCAAAAUAUCCAUGAACUUUCCUCUGUGCAUGUCCAAACCAUCUCAGCCUUGCCUCUCUAACUUUGUCAUGACUCCCCCUGCCAAAUGCCUUGCAUAAAUUAAGAUAAAUCAUACUUUAGACUUAUUAACGAGGAUAUUAUUUCACUUUUAGCACAUAAAGUGUGGUAAUAACUACUAGAUCUAUGAGAGCUGACUUUAUUUUUGACAUUACCACUUUAUUCUCAAAGUAGCACCUGAACUUUAUAAAAUUAUAAUGUUUUUUUUCUAAUUAUAAAAUAAAGUCAGUAGCGUUUCCUGAAGUUUUAAUUUUAAGGGUCCUUUAUUGAUGAUGCUGUGUGGACGUUAGUCAGAAACGAUGAGCCGUGAUAGAUCACCGUGCUAUAAUGCACUACUCUAUUCAUGACACCAUCACUGAUCGAGUAUCAAACGUUUUCAGUGUGGUAAGCAUCAUUUCUCAACAAAGAUUACAUAAGACGCUGCUGUGCGCCUGUAUGAUGUAACGUCUUGUAUCAGAGUCUGUCAUGACCGGUUGUUUUUCAGACACAGUGUACUAGAAACAUUAAAUGGUGCGAUGAGUUGGAGCGAGAUUUCAGGAGAUUACCACAAGGAUAAAAACCAGGUUCUUGGUGAAUUGCACUGUUUUUAAAUCCUUCUAAUCUGCUCUCUGCCGCAGCAAACACAGCUGGGUUGGGAUUUAUUGUUUUUCUGAUAUGAUUAGAUUAGAUUAACAGGUUAAAACAAAGAGGACAUGUUGUGAGCUUUUCAUGGAGGGCUUUCCAUUUCACCGAGGGUCCACAGGUGAUCCUGGUUAUGUAAGCUCACUCCAGCUUUAGGAAAUCAACCUCAGUGUAGGCAGGAUGUCAGAGUCAGGAUGAGCGAAGCUGGUAUCCUAAAGCUAUUUGGAAUCCAGCAUUUUAUUUUAACCUUGUAAAAGCAAGUGCUUAACUGAUAAUGGGAGGCCUCAACACUGCAUUGCAAAAAUGGAAUGAAUGAUUGUUUUUGUUCCAUCGAAUUGUUGUGCUUUUUCCAGUUCAUUUCAGACAUGAGGAGGUAGUCAAGAGGCAGAUUUGGUUUGCCGAAAUCAGGACCCUUCCAGCAUUUCCUGUUUUGUUUAUACUAACAUUUAACCGCUGAUGGAAAGUCCUGAUAAUAACACUGUAAAAUAAAUAGCUAAUUUCCAGCAUACAAAAAAAAUGCAACUCUGUACGGCUCAGUCUUUUUGCUCCCUGCAAAUCAUCCCGAGGCAUUCUGACAAAUUACCCAGAUGUAAAGGAAGCAACUCCUUAAUGCUCGAAAAGAUGUCCUUCUCCAAAGCGAAACACUCCAUCAGGCCCAAAUUAAAGCAUGUACUUCCCCUUUCCAGAUUAAUUGUUUUCCCAAGUUCGACUGGGCUCCCAGGGAUUCGAAAUCAUCUUAGUCAAGAAUCUAAUUACUGUGAAAGAGGAGUUUUAGUCUGAAUAGCACGGGUUGAAUUGCUUUCAUUCGUGGAAGGCAGCCUUGACUGUCAACACAGGCUAUUACUGAACUGUCAAAACAGUCAUCAGGCAAGAGUGGAGGCAUCCAGCUGUGUCAGAUACAUACUCAUUUUUCAAAUGCUGUGACACCCACAAACACACACUCCCUGGAGGCCCUGUGUCACCUACAAUCCUUAUUUUAUUCUAACUGGGCACCUAACUUGGAAUAUGCGCUUGUGAAAAGCUACUGACUAGGCUACAUUAUCUUUUUUUUAGGAGGUAGGUCAGUUGCUUCCAAAAAAAGCCUAAAAUAAAUGCACACUGCUACACCAGACAACAGGCUGUUCAUCAUACCUCUGAGCUGAAUGCGAAUGCAAGCCACGUUCUGUGUUUUCAAAGCAGUGAAAAGCAGCGGGAUUUCCAGCAGGGAUCUGGUCUCAAUCAGAGCACUGUGGAGUACAUAGCAUAUGAAUACUUUCUUAAUCAGACCUACAGGCCCGUCACAUUUCAUUGCAAACAAAUGAGUAUAUGCUCUUAAGCAGCAUAUUUUGGAGCAGUCUCCUGGCUCACUAUGUCUCACCAAGUAGAAUUUAGAUGAACAUUAUAGGAUCUGACAAUCAAAAUGACCCAGUGUAUUUCAAGUUUUAUACUGCAGCCCAUGACUACUUUUUUACAACACUGUCUUGUCUAUUUAUUCUUCCUUGGCAUUCAGUUGUAUUUUUUUUCCCCACUGGCUUUAUUGUACCUGUAUCAUGUUGUACCGGUUCUUUUGUUAUAACGUGUCAUACUUGUCCACUAAAAGACAACAAUAAACUUUGAUGAA